UUUCAUGAAAUAGAACUUUUUAAUUGAUUUAGAAAUAGAUUGAUAAUCUCUUUUAAGAUGCGUACGGUGGUAGAGAAGCGUAUGUUACAAAUGCGUACGGCACAAGAGAUUCCUAUUUACGGGAAGCGUACAUAAGAAAUAUGUACAAACGUGAGGAUACUAGAAAUUGGUUGGAAAAUAAUUAUAAAGCCUUUAAACCGUAUAGUUUUAGGGAAAACUAUAGUUUUAGGGAGAACUUAAAGAACUUAAAGAACCCGGAGAACUCGAGUUUUAGAGAAAACUUAAAGAGAACGGAAAACUAUAGUUUUAGGGAGGACUUAAAGAACCCGGAGAACUCGAGUUUUAGGGAAAACUUAAAGAGAACGGAAAACUAUAGUUUUAGGGAGGACUUAAAGAACCCGGAGAACUCCAGUUUUAGGGAAAACUUAAAGAGAACAGAAAACUUUAGUUUUAGGGAGAACUUAAAGGGAACGGAGAACUACAAUAUCCGGAAGAACUCAAAUAUAACGGAAAUCAGCGGUUUCAUGGAGACCCUAAAUGAAGCGGAUAACCAAGGAUUUGAAGAAAACAGGCUGGAUACAGAAGACAAGGUUGCAUGUAUUUUGAGAGAAAUUCAGGAGAAAAUCAACCUCAAACUUGAUCAAAUAAUAGAUUUGAAAGUUGAAAGAUUGGAUUCUGAGCUGAACUCCGUCCUGUUAAACCUGAAGAAUGAGUUGAACCUGAUCCAGGAUAAACUAGUUGUAAACACUGACAAACAGAGAGAGGAGUUAAACCAGAUAACAGAAAGUUUGCACAGAACUUCAAUCAACCUGGAGAAACAAAACCUAGAACUGAGAAAUCUCUGCUUAAAACUAGUCCUGAUGCAGACCGAAGAGAAGAAUGUUCAGGAUCAAACCCCCAGUAUAGAUGUAGGACCCGGAGAGUCUAACGACGGAUUUGUAUCUUUAGACGCGACGGGAAAGAAGAAGUGUGGGUUGUGUGUGCUUCUCUAG